GUCAUAUCCGGUUCAGGUGGUUGAGCAACUCGAAAAGUGAGCGCGCUCAGGCAGAACGGUCGGGGUGAUUUAAUAACACCACGAGCGAUGUUCUCCUGCGGGUUGUAGUCGUAUAUGGUAGAACUCAACAACAGGAAGGCGUUGAGGACUGUCAACAUGCCUGCUACUCCAGAGACUUUGUUGUCUGAGUAAACUAAACUCCAGAACGAUGACCUGCCACCUGGACAACUCAGGCCAUUCCAGUACCUACUGAACAUCUUGUUGUUGAGCACAGGACCUCCCUUCUUAGAAGUGGACUCUUCUAGCAACAACACAAAGUUCGUAUAAGGGCACAGGUUCCCAGAAUGACUUCCUGUCUAAAGGCGAAAGGACUAGUUGCCAACCCGACCCUGUCCUACAUUUUUGCUUGACAGCUUGUCGAAGAUCUUGUUGUUCCCUGCACUAAAACUACCAAGCUUUUAAGCCAUGGAGUGGAGGACAACAAAGUUAUGCAAGUUUCUACCUCUGGUAUUAGCAGUAUUGUUACUUGUUGUGGGCGCACAAUGCCAGACAACACAACAAGGAAGUAUGGCAGGAACAACCAUACACCCCGUUCACACCACCCACAAACCCCAUCCUACAUCUGAAAGCCAUGCAACGUCGUCUGACGGCCACGCCACAGAUCAUGGGUGUACGGAACCCGCAGAAGGCGAGACCAACGGACAUUCUGCUGAUGAGACACCGACGAGGUACCAAGUCGCUACGUUUAACUUUCAUCAUGUCAUGGCCCCCUACACCAUAGCACUGUGGAUCGUCCUGGCCAGCAUUGCUAAAAUUGGUUUCCACUUGUCAAACAAGGUGUCAAAAAUCGUUCCAGAGAGCUGCUUACUAGUGGUACUCGGGCUGAUAGUUGGGGCCAUCCUGUUUCUCACCAAGCAGGAGGAAAACAUCCACACCCUGAGUGCAGAUACCUUUUUCCUGUUCCUCCUGCCCCCCAUCGUGGUUGAUGCUGGGUACUUCAUGCCCAACCGAGCCUUCUUUGACAACAUUGCCAGCAUCCUUACAUAUGCAGUUGUUGGCACCUUGUGGAACACCUUUGGCAUCUCCAUGUCGCUGUACGGGUGUGCGAAGCUGGGCUGGCUGGGCUCCGUCAGCGACAUCUCCCCGCUGCGCUGCCUCCUGUUUGGCAGCCUCAUCUCCGCAGUGGAUCCCGUGGCGGUACUGGCCGUGUUCGAGGAGGUCCACGUCAACGAACUUCUCCACAUCACCGUGUUCGGGGAGUCACUGCUGAAUGAUGCCGUGACAGUGGUUCUGUACCGCAUGUUUGAGGCGUACAAUAAGAUUGGCCAGAAGAAGAUCAUACCCAUUGACGUUGUGGCGGGUUGUGCAUCAUUUUUCAUUGUGGGGCUGGGAGGUGUUCUCAUCGGGGUCAUCUUUGGGAUCAUUACAUCCUUCACAACAAGGUUUACAGAUCAUGUGAGAGUGAUUGAGCCACUGUUCGUGUUUGUGUUCUCCUACCUGUCCUACCUGACUGCUGAGAUGUUCCACCUGUCGGGUAUUAUGGCAGCUGUGUUCUGUGGGAUCUCCAUGAAGAACUAUGUCGAAGCCAACAUUUCCCAGAAGUCCCACACAACCAUCAAGUACUCCAUGAAGAUGCUGUCCAACAUGUCGGAAACCGUCAUCUUCAUGUUCCUGGGGCUGUCCACAGUGAACAGCUACCACGACUGGAACACAGGAUUUGUGCUGUUCACUCUGCUGUUCUGUCUGCUCUACAGGGGGAUCGGGAUCCUGGUGCUGACCUGGGUGCUGAACAGGUAUCGUAUGACAAAGUACACCGGAGUAGACCAGUUUGUAAUGGCGUACGGCGGGCUGCGUGGGGCCGUGGCCUUCUCCCUGGUGGUUCUGCUGGAUGAGGAAAAAUUUCCUGAGAAGAAGGCCAUGAUAACAGCAACCAUCUGUGUCAUCUACUUCACUGUGUUUCUACAGGGCAUCACCAUCAAGCCACUGGUGAACCUGCUGCAUGUGAAGAGAAGUGCCAAGCACAAACCAUCCAUGACAGAGCAGAUCAAUGAAAGGUUGAUUGAUCACAUGAUGGCGGCAAUAGAGGACAUCACUGGUCAUCAUGGCCACCACUACUGGAGAGACAGAUUUGAGUACCUCGACAACCACUACGUGAAGAAAGUUCUGGUCAAGAACUACAGAGAAGACAUACAGGACAAGGAAAUCCUGGAAGUUCACCGCAAACUGAACGAAAAAGACGCCCAAGAGAUGUUGAAGAGGAACGUUUCUUUUGCGGCAAGCCUCCAUGAGAUGGUGCUGAGUGGGCAGAUGCACAUUGAUUCUGUGGGUCGACUUCUGAGGAACGAAACGUCUUCUUGUAGCUUACAACAGAAACCCAGUGACACGUGUCUGGACAUGCAGGCCAUCACUGCGGAGUACUCAGGCAAGGAUGUGGACGAUGCUGAGUUACACCACCUGCUGCAGGAGAACAUGUACCACACCAGGAAAAGGCACAAGACCUUCACAGGGAAGCACAUGCUGCCGGAGGACAGACAGAACGAGGAAGUUUUCCGGCGCAAUGUUCGCCACCGUCGCCAUCGCCACCACAAACACCACAGGAAAAACGGACUGAAUGGCCGUGGAAUGAAGAAGUCGUCCAGUGGAGAUCACCUCAUGCCUCCUGAACCACACGGAAGACCUCGGCGCAACGUCAGCUGGUCUGAUGAGAAAAACAAGGCUCUUGUUCAAACAACACCAGCACCCAUUGAUCUGGUGGUAACAGCUGAUGACGAUGAUGAUGAUGACCUUGGGAUCACCUUCACAGCCAAGAGUGAGCCCAAACCUUAUGACAACAUGGAUGCUCCUAGGACCAUCCUCAAACCUACCGUGGCAGAGGAAGCAUUACCGUGGAAAUCAGGUGUGGUGGAAGUGGAGGGAGCAAGAGCAGUCCCCGACCAAGGCUUGUUGGACAGCAGCUCCCAGCCCUGCUGGACCCUCCCUUCCUCCCCAACUGCUUCCGCACCCCCCUCUUUCCCCCCCUCCCCAGACCAGGCCCCCUGGACGGUUCCAGAACCCCCCUGGAGUUCCAGGCAAGAUAGCACACACCCCUCAGACCGUAGAGAAGAAGAGGAGCCUAUGCUACCCAAGAGUCGACAUCAGAAGUCAAAUAAAUCCAUCCCAGAAGAAGUGCCUCUACUCCCUCAUGGUAAGAAAAGCCCCUCCCCUCCCAAAGGGGGUAAAAAAAAGACGCUAUUGCCCAACCAAGUAGAGAUAGAAAUACCUGGUUCUCCCAGCCUGAGGAUCCAGGAGGAUGAUGACAGUGUAGAUCUGGAGAGAGAGUCCUGUGUCUGAUUUCUCCACUGCAAGCUGCAUGGCCUCCAGACGACAACACAGUCUGUAGAAUGAUUAAGAUCAAUGACGGAAAAGUGUGCAGAAAACUAAAAUGCUGGCCUAUAAUGUGCUGUGGUAACCGUGGAACAAGUCAUUUUGAUAUGGUUCACUUACCCUAACAAUUUUUGAUAAGAAAUAACUGAAAAGUUGUAUUUACAAUUUAAUAAGUCAGAAUAUUGCAACUUUUUAAGGCAACUUUUAAACUUAUUGAAGGCAACUUAGUACCGACAUGAAAAGAAAGCAGUUUGUGUCAUUGUUUGUGGCAUGUAAGUCUCUAUUACAGUGUGAGUACUGCAACAGUGUUUGUGUGCACCUCUACUUUUAACACUGCUCAUUGAUGCUGCCAUGCGAUGUUCCCUAUGCAUAAAACAUUUGAUACUCAUAGUAUGACACAGGUAAGGUAACUUAAAUAACUGAAAUGUACAUUUGGGACAGCAAAACGUUUGUUACUUAGAGUCUAGGGAGACUGCCAUAAGAAAAGAAACAUCACUUCUGAAUGAAGUGCAAGUUCACUGUGUUCUUAAGUCACGUAACUGUCAUCCUGUUUCAUGUUGUCUUCAGUCAGUUUUUCCUAGUUUGUCACUGCAUUUAUGUUGCUUCUCCUGAAUUAACAUCUGUUUGUCUGUCUCUCCUGUUUUUCUCUCUCCUCCCUUCCCUCAUUCUGUUCAUCUGUGGCAAGGCAUCUUCGACACUGUCCUGCCUGGUGCUGUAAAUGUACAUUGUGAUAUUGAGGAAUACAUCUGAAACAAACAGGUCUGACCAAGUGUUAUUUUGACCAAGGCAAAGGAAUGUGUGGGUAUUUGAUGUGCUAUAAUACACAACCAGAGAUUUGACCUAGCCAACAUUUUGGUGCUGUCUGUCACCUUGAAGGUGCCAUCUGUGACCUUGAAGAAAGAAGCUUUCUAACUUUUAAGUGAAGUACUGACUGGUCCUACUUCACACUGCAGCUUAGGUCUUAAUACUACAGUCACAUUUGGGUCUUAACUCUCUGGUUGUGUACAAAGAACUUUCAAUUGUUAUCCAGUGAUCUAUCAACCUGAUGAAACUAUUCACAGACUUGUCAUGCUGCUAGACACCCAGUCUGUCCCAGUGUCAUCCCAGUUACACCAAACAGUCGUUAACAAUGUGUGCUACUAAACACUUGUGGUCAGACAUUUUUCCUUCAAUACCAAAAUGUAUCCCCAAAGAUGUAUCACCUGUCCAGUAGGCUGUAAUGUGGUAAAGGCUGGGCCAGACUGGGACACUGUUUUCACAAGAUCUGUGAUAUGACAUUCUACUUAAUGUGUGAAUAUAUGCUUGUGGAAGGCUUCUGAUUAUAGUGAUUUUCAGAUUGGCAGCAUAAUGCUUACAGUAUACAUGGAGGUGU